GAAAUCUGUCUAGAUCUCCCAAUCGAGUCAGUGCAAAAAGGGCAACACCCACUAAACAAAAUAUGUCUGUGCUGCCAAGAUCUUUGUAGGUGGUUAGAGACAGGAUAUGAAACGCCAAAGGUAAAAGAGAAGAUAGCAACAUGGCAUACGUGGGAAAUCAGAAUGUGGAGUUUGUUCGGACGGGCUAUGGCAAGAAUGCUGUGAAGGUGAUGUUCAUCAAAAGGCAGGGAAGACACCACUACCUUAUUGAGCUGAAUGCUAACGUUGAAAUCACACUCAAAUCACGCAAGGAUUAUCUGACCGGAGACAACUCAGACAUCAUUCCUACAGACACCGUCAAGAACACUGUCCAUGCCCUGGCCAAAAUCAAAGGGGUAAACACCAUUGAGCAAUUUUCCCUUGAUCUCUGUCAUCAUUUCCUGACCUCUUUCAACCAUGUACUGAGGGCCAAAGUUUACAUGGAGGAGGCACCCUGGAAAAGGCUGAACAAGAACGGUGUAGAACACGCUCAUGCAUUUAUCUACAGCCCAGAGGCUUGUCGUUUCUGUGAUGUGGAACAGAACCUCGGCGGCACCCCUGUGGUUCACAGCGGGGUGAAGGACAUGAAGGUGCUAAAAACCACUCAGUCUGGCUUUGAGGGGUUUCUCCGAGAUCGUUUCACAACACUGCAAGAGACCAAGGACAGGGUUUUCUGCACAACUGUUUAUUCCAGGUGGCGCUACAACAAAGUCCAGGAUGUGGACUUCGACGCUGCAUGGAGGUGUGUAAGAGACACAAUUAUUGAGAAGUUUGCUGGGCCCUACGAUCGUGGAGAAUACUCACCAUCUGUGCAAAAGACCCUUUAUGACACACAGGUUCUGGUCCUGCAGAGGAUCCCUGAGGUGGAGGAAAUAGAGAUUGUCAUGCCCAACCAGCAUUACUUCACCAUAGACAUGACAAAAAUGGGUCUAAACAACAAAGAUGAGGUAUUUCUUCCUCUGGACAGUCCUUCUGGUAACAUUACUGGGACAGUGUGCCGCAAACAGAGAGCCAGACUUUAAAAGGAACAGCAACGAUUGAUUACACCAUUGCCAGUUUCAGUAUUAAUCUGUUGAUCCAAAAAAUAAAAACCAAUCUAAGUGAUGAAACCAAUAAAAACCCUAAAGAUGUGAACAAGACUAUUGCCUAAAAAUAUGUAAAACUAAUCAGACAAAAACAGGAGUAGUAAAAACAAUUCAACCAA